AUCACCACCACCACCGCCUCACGCAGAGAGGAAAGGAACGUCUUUAUGCGAACGGCUGAAUAAAACUAGAUUAUAUUCGUCAACAGACUACGAGGACCCCCUGAGCUUACCAGGAAUUAGCUCUUCUACCUGGUACAGAAACAAUUAAAAUCACUUCUGCAUCGUUCAGCUCGAGCCUCCCCUCGUCACCACCAGCUUCCUCCUCACCGCGGCGUACACCAGCUUCUUGCUGCUCCAUUCUCGGGCAUAGGGUGCUACGGCAGCAAGGCGAAGCAGAAGCAGAGUGUCUCCGUGGAAAGAGACGAUACCACCAUCAUAGACGAGCCCAUCUCUCUUCCUACCCACGCCAUGGCCGAAACCGAGCUUACAGGGCCCGCAGUCAUGCAGAACGGGAGUGUGCUGCAGGAAAAGGGCUUUGUGGAGCAGAAUGUCAAUGGCACGACGACGCCGGCCGACCCGUCCAGAGCAGCUUCGCUUCGCUCUGCCACCUCUUCCAAGGCGGCCACUGCGGCGACGACGCCUGCGAGCAGCGCGACCCCUACCUCCGUUGGGGUGGAGAGCCAAGAGCAGGAGGAGGAGUGGAAGAUGCCAACGGAUGGGCCCUUAAAGACACCAAUACCGAGACCUGCGGCUUCGUCCAAACCCCCACCAGAAACGAAGCUCACUGAGGAGCAACAAAAGAAGUAUAACGCUGUGCUUGCCGAAGUUUCGCAAUGGACGACCAUUUCAGCCUCGACCGCUAAGAACGCCGCUCAGGCACCCAUCGAGGAGCAUGAACGAAUGUUCCUGACUCGAGAGUGUCUCCUUCGAUAUCUUCGGGCCACGAAAUGGGUCACUGCCGACGCAUUGAAGAGACUCCAGGGCACUCUCAGCUGGAGGCGGGAGUAUGGUGCAGAUACCUUUACACACGACUACAUCAGCCCUGAGAACGAAACUGGCAAGCAAGUGCAACUGGGCUUUGACAAAGACCAGCGACCAUGUCUCUAUCUUCGUCCAGGCAGGCAAAACACCAAAAUGUCCGAUCGCCAGAUCCACCAUCUAUGUUAUAUGCUCGACCGCACCAUCGAGCUGAUGCCUCCUGGUCAAGAAAGCAAUUGUCUGAUUAUCGAUUUCAAAGGCGCCAAAAGCGGCACCGUCCCGAGCUUGGGACAGGCACAAGCUGUGUUGAAUAUCCUGCAGACACAUAACCCAGAGCGCUUAGGAAGGGCGCUUAUUUCGGAUACGCCUUGGUAUGUCAAUGCCUUCUUCAAGGUGGUCUCACCGUUCAUCGAUCCCGUAACGCGGGAAAAGAUGAAGUUCAAUGAAGACAUGACCAAAUAUAUCCCCCAAGAGCAAUUGUGGAACGUGUUCAACGGAAGUGUCAAUUUCGAGUACGACCAUUCGAUCUACUGGCCCGCGUACGAAAAAGAGUUCACCAAGAGGAGGGAGGCAUACAAGGCCAGGUGGGUGAAGGCGGGAAAGAGAGUUGGGGAGUACGAGGCGUAUCUGCGAGGCGGUGAUCAUCCUUCCUUGCAGGCAUUGGAGUCGUCCCAGGAGAACGAACGACCAGUCGCGCCCGCUGCUGCUGCUGCUGCGAGUGAAGCUGAUGCUGCCGCUGCUGGCGUUGCAAAAUUGAAGGUGUAGAAGCGGCGAUAGGGCGUGGAAACUGGGUCAGAUAGACUGCAUGGCAUUGGCGCAUUGUUCGAUUAUUGUCGUUUUGAGUCACCUUUUUGUGGCAGGGCGCGGCGCGGAAGGGGAAAAAAAGACAUUCGGAGUACAUAUGUAGUGGUAACCAGUCCCUAGAUCCGGCAUUAUAGAAAACUGUACAGGCCGCGAAAGUGCGAGCACAC